UUUCCGUGCAAGGCGGGACAGAUCCACUGGAAACCGAACUCUACAUCAAGGGAGCAAUACAAGUGUCUGGAGUGCCCUUCUUGCUUUGAGGGAUUAGAGCCUUCUGUCCCAUGUGGCAGUUCAGUUCCAUACAAUACUCCUGUUCACUGUGUGCCAUGCCAACUUGGUAAAACUUACUCAGACGGAAAUAACAAAGAGCAAUGUAAAACAUGUAGGGUGUGUUCCCCAGGGAAAGCGAUAAAAAAGAACUGCACCGUAUCAUCAAACACUAAAUGUGAUGAUAAAUGCGCGCCGGGAUAUUAUGGGGUGCCAUUUAUCUUCGCUUGCCAUCCUUGCACAAAAUGCUGCAAUGACGAGAAAGACAAAUUUGCAGAGGAAUGUGUAAAUUCGAAACAGAAAUGUAAGGUUCGCUCAAUGCCUUGCAAAACAGAAUCAACGCCGUCUUCAACUGCAGGUACAGUUGGACAAUCGACACUAACCGCCCUACAGUCAAGUCAUAAACCAGGGAAACAAGUGUCUGCAAUUCCGCCUACUUUGCCUGGGAACAGUCGUGUUGUUGAUGAUCGAGACAAGGUAGCAACUUUUCAAAAGGACAACGCUAAUGGCGAUGAUAAUACAGAAAUUAUUACUGUGGCAGCAGUGUUUGCAGUGCUUGGGGUGUUAAUAGCCAGUGUUGCUGUGAUGGUCCUCAUAUAUCAAGGGCAAAUACCCAUAGAUACCGGAUUGUGUCGCUCUGAUAGAAGUCAUGAUGAAGGUGCAAUUGAAGCUUAUCAACUUAGGCAGCUAACUUUUACAUCGCAAGGGCAGCUUCAGCAAGGUAAAAAGUUUUAAAUAUUAAAGUGAAACCCACUUUACAUCAACUGACAUAACGUAGUCAGGAAAAACGGACCCAAUUGUUGUAUUGCUUGAGCAGUGCCCGCUGUAAUCUUAUAUGUCAUGGUAUUCAGUGACAUUGUAUUUUGAUGGAUGACUGCCGUAAAGGGAUAAAUACUGAAAUAAAUAUAAAUAACUGAGUGAUAAUCAUUUGUCGCAAUUCCCCCCUUAGAUAUGAGAGACAAUAUUUGAUGUCAAAAAGGACGGGUAUUUCGCCCAAAGCGUGAAUUCUAACCAGGGGCGAGGUCAGCUGAAUUAUGUUGCAGUAUAUUUUAGAAUAACCCUAUAACAUACUAAUCUGGUUAUAUUUUAUAGGUGGUAUGACACUUACAGAGUUGGAGAGCAAUAACCAAGAGCUCUUUGACGAGAUCUGCUUGAUGCUUGAUAACGGAAAACGAUGGUUCAGGUCGGAUUAUGAACGUUUAGCUGCACAGUUCGAGGAAAUUCCACUUCUUAUUCGCAACACCUUGAAAUCCGAGCUUCAAAGAGGAGAAAGUCCUUCAAAGUUGUUAAUGACCAACCUCCAAACAACAUAUCCAAGUCUUUCUUUAUACCAUCUUGUCGGGAAGCUGAAAAAGAUUGGACGUAAUGACGUUGUCAGAAAACUAUCGCCUUAUGUGCAGGACAAUGUUGAAAGCCCACCUAAUUAG